AUGCAUGUCUCAGCUCUCAUUCUGAUUCCUGAGGCGGAGAGGCUAGAGGAACACACCACUGACAGCGAUUUUGAGAGAUACAGUACACUACGUAGCUUGGCAGCAAUGGCGCCGGGCUCACCGGCUGUACUACCUCCAGUGCUAGCGCUGCUCCUCGUCGUCCCGCUGGUCGUCUCUACUGUAGGCAAAUCACCAACAUCGACAGUGCCGACAAUUCGAUCUCAGCGUGGCAAGCCGAACACCGUCACCUCGCAGCCGCUGGUGCGCGCUCUGGUGCAGUCCACCUGCAACGCCACCACUUACUACGACCUCUGCGUGGCCGCCAUCGUCGCCGACCCCUCCAGCUCCACCGCCGGCCUCCGCGGCCUCUGCGCCAUCGCGGUCUCCGCGGCCGCCGCCAACGCCUCCGCCAUCCAGGCAGCUCUGGCCAAGAACGCCACCAUGUCUCCAGGCUCUUCAGGCUCAGAUUCGCUGCCGGGCGGCGGUGUUGGGCGCGCGCAAGCGCAGGCGUCGCUCAUGUUGCGAUCCUGCGCGGGCAAGUACGGCGAGGCACGGGAAGCGCUGCUGGAUGCCCGGGAAUCGGUGGGGGAGGAAGCGUACGACUACGCCUUCGUGCACGUGAGCGCGGCGGCGGAGUACCCGGCUGUGUGCCGGACGCUGUUCCGGAGGAAGCGGGUGGCGUACCCUGCGGAACUGGCCAAGAGGGAGAAGGCGCUGGAGCACCUCUGCACCGUCGCCAUCGACAUCAUGACGCUCCUAUCCUAG